UAAAAGCUACAAAAACGACAUCUGUACAUUUCAUAGAAGACUCACUUAAAAAUCUAAAAUUCGAUUUGGAAAAGUUAAAGAAAACUAUGCGUCAACGACUUGAAGAUAACACAGUGAUGCGCGUUUCAGGUACUGAGUACCAAACAGAUCCGUCCUUAGAUACAAAAUUAUCCGUUUUGGAAAGUAACACGAAAAGCAUAUUGUCUGGCGUUGAAUCAAUAUUGACGGUAAUUUCGGAGGUGAAGAAUCGUCAGUAUACUAAGCCAUUGGCCAGAUCUGAUAUGGUACAUCCUAGUUCACGAGAGGCAAUAUCAAUUAUAAGCGAAUUCAGGAAAAGUCUGCGUGAACAUAAAACAAGGAAGUGUGAUUGUAGGUCUGAACGAGUGGAUCGAUCAGAAAGGUAUCCAACAGAUUGCUUCGAGAUACAAAUGCAAGGAUUUAAUGUUUCCGGAAUUUAUAAAAUAAAACCGGAUGAUAUGGACUCAUUUUAUGUACUUUGUGACCUUUCGACUGCUGGCGGAGGUUGGACAGUGUUCCAAAAUCGUUUCGAUGGAUCACAAGAUUUCUACAAAGGAUGGUCAGAUUAUGUGAACGGUUUCGGUAACUUAGCCGGGGAAUUUUGGCUUGGACUAGAAAAGGUCAGUUUUCUGACGAACCAAAAACUGUAUGAACUACGAAUAGAAUUAGAAGCUCAAAACGGACCAGAAGUGUUUGCAAGUUAUUCUGUUUUUACUGUGGGACCUGAAGAGGAAGGCUACCGGAUUAGCACACUUGGAACAUACUAUGGAACAGCAGGAGAUUCACUGUCAUAUCACGCUGGUCAAAAGUUUUCUACCUUUGAUGUGGACAACGACGAAUGGAAAGAUGGCUCUUGCGCUCAGGAGCACGGCGGAGCUUGGUGGUACAAAGAAUGCGACAAGAGCAAUUUGAAUGGAAAAUAUUCGACUACAACUGAAGAAAACAAAGGACAAUCCAUCUAUUGGAUAUCCUUUAAGGUUCCGAAUUAUCCCCUGUCAAAGACGAAGAUGAUGAUCAGGCCGCUGCCAGCGAAAAGACCGACCGACUUUAUUGACAAUAGUAGGAAAAUUUCAGAUGGUUCCAAAAAGAAACCUCUUCCCGAGAAACAAUCUCGGGUCAAAGAUAUGAAGACUAAAUAUGACGUGAAGCACAAUCAUCCCAUGUAUCGUUACGACGAACACACGCACAGUGACGCGUUCUUCCCUAAUUACGCCUGAAAUCACGCGCCAAAAGCAACAAGUCCAUAGACAACAACUAUAAUUACAUAAAACUGACAUUUUUAGAUCUAAAGAUCAAAAUCUAAACUAUAUAGUUGUUGUUGUCCUUAAAUAUGUUUCUGACGAUAGUGAAUAGCUAAUAUUAAUUGUGAAGCAAGC